AUGGAAGAUAUAGCACAUAAUCGUGGAAAGGCGGCCCCAUACGGCCGAGCGUGCGUCAGCUGUGCCCGCGUAAAACGCAAGUGCAUGCUGCGAGCCAGUGGAGAUGGAUGUGAAAGAUGCUUUCGUCUAAAAGUAGAAUGCAGACCUUCUCCUACCGUCCGCAGGCGUGGCUCCAAGCCCAACGGCUCUCAAGCCGCUCGUCUAGAGCAGAAGUUAGAUGGGCUCGUUUCAUUAUUAAAAGCUCGCCAGGGUAGCCCUGAGCUCGGAGAUACAGCAUCAUCAUCCGCGUCCUUCACAUCAGCUCUGUCUCACGCUUCAGUGUCUGCAGAUCGUGGGUCUCAUGCACAACCGCUUGUUGGUGAUCUUGAUAGAGUAGCUACAGAUCAUGGCAAGUCUCGUCACUGUCCAUCACCAAGAUCAGCUCCUUCAACAGAGAGCUCGAGCUUUUCUCCGUAUAGCCUUCCGGCCGGCGUAGAGCCAACUUGUCGCAAUGCAAAACAACGUUUGAGGGCAUUUUCCAACCACUACACCAAAUUCCUCCCUCUUAUAUAUCUCGAGAACGGUUUGACUUCGGAAAAGUUGUAUCGAGAGUCACCAUACCUCUGGCUAUGUAUAAUGGCUGUGACAUCUACAAAUGCCAAAGAACAGAGCACUCUGGGAAAGGCGGUUCGAGAGGUUGCCGCUCGUGAGGUAAUUGUAGAAGGUAAAUGUACAACGGAUCUGUUACAUGGUCUCCUCUGUUUCAUCGGUUGGGGACAAUUUCGGUUCUCUAUGGGAUCACUUUUUACUAUUUUGUCUCAUCUGUGCACUGCUUUGACGGUCGAUCUGGAAAUCCGAAGUCGGCAUUGUGGAGAGGGUAAUUUGAGUCAUAUAUUUCCGCGACCCAUAGCAGCCCAAAUCCAGGGAGCUACUGGGACAUAUCAACCGAGGAGUUCUGAAAAUGCACGGACGGCAUUAGCUUGCUACUUUCUCACUUCAUGUAUUGCAACAUUUCAGACAGUUGGGGAGAACUUGGCCUGGUCACCAUACCUCGAAGAAUGUUUGAAAAUGAUACAGGGCUCAAGGAAUCCUCCUGGAGACGAUCUUCUCGUGCAAAUGAUCAAGCUUCAACGCAUAACGAGCAAGGUCACUGAUGUCCGGAUACAAUUAAGAGAUGCCGACUGCGAACAAAGUACGCGUCUUAUCUCUCCAUACAUGUCUGCCCUCAACACCCAGUUGGCGGAGACAAGGAAAUCAUUUCCACCACACCUGGCCACAGAGAAGGUUCUUGAAGCAAUGGCCCUGCACACAGAAAUAUGCAUCAAUGACCUUAUCUUUAUACGCCUCCGACAGACACCUCUUCUUGCUGAUACCAGCAGCAUGGAGGCUCUUCUCACUUGUCUCAAUGCAGCGAAACGCGCAGUGGACAUUACGUUUAACUUUAAACCAACCGACUACAUAUACUUCCCCUUCUUUCUCUGGAGGCAAUUCCGAACAGUAAUUCUCACACUCAUUCGACUCGCAUCCCUCGAAGAUCCGGCGUGGGAUGUGAACAUGGUUCGACGAACCGUAGAUAUUACGUCUAUUCUCGACAGGACCGCCCAGAAUUUAAGCAAUGUACAAACCACCAGCGAUGAUGGUGAUAAUCACGAAAACGUGGUUGCGAAAUCAUUAGCGUGGGUGAAUAGGAUGAGGUCUUGCUUACUAGCUGUUUAUGGACAGUCGACAGACGCCCAGACCUCUACCACUGAAGUGAACGGCUCAAUGGGGAUUUCAGGUGUGAAAACGUUGCUGUCAGGACAGGCGGCCUGGGACGUGUCUCUUACAAAUGGAGGCUCGGGGAUGGAUAUCUUCUCAUCUUUUGAAGAAGAUAUCUUCGGGGAAGAUAUUUCUGGGUGGUGGCCACAGCUAUAUUCUGAAAGCGGAUUAUAA